GCUUCAACAAACGCUGCCAUCUUGAAUGGCAACUGCUUCUGAUCAAUGCGACAUAAAAGUCAGUAUUUAAUGUGACAUACGGCCCGUUGUUCAUUUUCAUUCAAGGGCGAUUCAACAACGCUAUGGCUGACUAUCUGAUAGCUGGCGGCACAGGUUAUGUGCCUCAAGACGGAAUGACUGCCAUGCAGUUAUUUGGUUGUGGCGAAGGUUUAACUUACAAGUAAGUGAAAUAAAUCAAAUUUUGCAAGGGAAAUUUUUUUUCUUUUCUCGUUAUUGUGGCACAGGCAAGGCUUCAGUUGGUUUAAUUUUCUGAAAUUUUCUAUGGACAGUAUCGCGUGUGGCACUACGUGAAAACGAAUUUUUACGACGCACGCCUUACUUUCAAAUUGCGGAAACAUUCACGAGGAAGUUUGAUCAAACCGCCUUAUACGUCGCUUCGCCUUCGCAUCAACAUAAUCUGAAUUUUAAACGCAAGGAUUCUACUUCAGCACUUGAAUACAUUUACCUAUGUGAAAAAUUUUCCGAGGCUUCCCCAUCAGAAUUUCCUAAAACCUUUCACAAUCUUGUGAUUGGAAACCGAUUGAAGGUUUUCGAUUUUCUUAUUUGCUCAUCAAAGGCAUGUCAUACACGAAUAUACAACUGAUUUUUUUCUUUUAGUCUUAUUUUAUUUUAGGUUUUGAAAAAACCGCUAAUAUUGUAAUGAUGUUUUGAAACGGUGUGGUGUUAGAAAUUCCUUACUUGGUUACAUAGGUAGAGAACAAAAGAUGAAGUUAUCCUUCAGGCGUUUUUGUGUUCGAUGUUUUGGUGGAUUUUUCAGUCAACAGCCAAUCUUCGUCUCUAAGAGUACUGAGAUAACUCAAUCUAAAAUCUGAUUUCUGUAUUCACGGCAAAAAAUAAUUAUAUUAUUCCGGUAGAAAGGACUCAAGGUUCGUUCUUAAAAUUUCUUGACUUUAGAGAGAAUUUAUAAAUAUUUUUUGUUUUGAGGCAAAUAGAUUUAUGUUGCUGACGAUGUAAUUUAUAUGCUGAGUCAUGCGAAAAAGUUGUUCAGCUUGUCAACAACAAUUUUUUGCCAUGACCAAGUUAGUUUGGUAUUAAAGCAUCUCGGUCUUCUUCAAACAAAUAUUUUAUGAGGACAACAUGAACCUUUGUGGCUAACGCUUUCAGGGCAGGUGAAGUCAGAUUGGUUCCCGUUAAUUGGCAAUUCAGAUUAUUUCUUAAAUAGUAAUAUGAGCUGAAGGGCCCUUAUUUCCUUAGUAUGAGAAUUGAAAACAUUUCUUAUCUGGUCAGGCUGUUAAAAAGUUUGUCAAUAGAAGGCUCUAGAAAACCCCUAUCCAGCUGAUCAACACAAGAAUUAUCCCGAUUAUAGCAUUAGCAACUUGUCAGACAAUCAGCCCUAUAUGGUCUGUUGACUUGGUAACAUGCAGAUUGUCUGUAUUUGCAAAAAAAAAGGAAAGAAAGAAAGCAAUAAUUCAAGAGGCUGUCAGCUUUACCUUCCCCUUAUUGGUCUGUGGAUGGGUGUAUCUCAGGGUGGGAAGGUGGGUGUAUCUUAGGGUGGAAGGGUGGGUGUGUCUGAGGGUGGAAGGGUGGGGGUGGUUGAAAGAUACUAUAAACUUCAAAGGUACAAAAAAGGUACCCAUGGAUGAACAGAUUAAGAUCCAAAUGAUAAAGUGGCAAACCCCCUAGCUUCAACUUCCCCCAUUUUUUUUUUUAUGAAAUAGUUUAGAUGUUAAUGAACUAUCAUAUUUUCUCCUGUUCCCAAAGCAUGAUAUCUUAAUUAAAAACUUUCAAAAUCUAGACUUUUUAUCUUUACAUUUAAAGAUCACAGUGAUGUCAUUGUAACCAGCUUUAUUAAUAUGAUAUUUUCCUUCUUCAUGAAGGGCUCUAUCACUAACCAACAUUACCACAUCAAAAUUAAACAAUUUUCUUUUGAUAGAGAGAGAGAGAGGAGAUAAUUUUUUUAUUGACCCCUUCACUGCUUGUAUGACAAACUUGUUAGGUCACAUAAUUUGCGGUUGGUGUGUCUAAAUGACGUACUCAGUAUGUUGUAAGUUAAAGAGUGAAAGUCAAGUCCCCUUCAUUGGAGAUGUAAAAUAACCUGGCAUCUUAAACUCAAAACAAGUUCAAAUUCUGGAAAAAAAAUGAGUCAAUUUUCAGUGGCACAUGACUUCUCAGUGGAUUUGGCAGUUAAGAAUUUGUAUUUACUUUGGAUGGUGAUGGUAGCAUUUUUGUUGGCUUAUUUUAUGUGCAGGUAAUCUUAGCAUCAAAUUUCCACAAGGUGUUUCAAAAAAAGUUUCUUUGAUACAAACUAAAAUUUUAUUUCUGAAGACAAUUUUAUAUUUUUCGUCACCUUUUGGAGAACACAAAAAAGCCUAAUAGAUUUUUUUUUUCCUUUUUCAUCAGUGACUUCAUAAUUCUUCCAGGCUUCAUUGACUUUUGUGCAGAUGAAGUGGUAAGAAGUUUCUGCUUGUGCUUUUUGUACAGUAAUUUUGAUUCAGUUUGUUUUUGACAAUGUUUGCUGAUCAUGAUGUUCACUAGUAGUUCAUUUGUUAAGAAGUUGGAGAUGUCUUGAAGUUCAGUGUUGUAAGAAUAAUGAAACUAUUUUUGUAUCUUAUAUCAUGUGGUGAUGUGCAGUAAAAAAUGAAAUAGAUCAAGCCCUCUGUUUUGUGUUUUAAAAAAUUUUAGGAUAUGAGGUUUUUCUGGAUGGCUGUAGUUUUACACUGAAAAACAAAAGGACAUUUUCAACUCAUAGAUAAGGGUUCAUCUUGCAGGACUUGACCUCUGCUUUGAGUAAAAAGAUCACUUUGAAGACACCACUUGUCAGCUCUCCAAUGGACACCGUCACAGGUUUGAUUUGUCAAUUAUGGACUUGAUAUCUCUCACAUGUGUAUGGUUACACAUCAGGUCACAAAAAAACCUGUAUUUGUAAGUGUAGAUUACAUGCAUGUACAUAACUUUUUUUGGCUGAAAGAGUUAAAUGUUGUAAGAAACACUUAGUUAAGACAUCUUUACUAUUUAGCAUUAGCUUGGAAGUAACCUUUACCUUAAGAUUCUUUUUUGUCAAGCAGAGGUAAAUUGAAGAGUUAGUAAGAGCAAUGAAUGUUAUUCUAAACUUUUGCCUUAACUUAUUUUCUGCCAAAUUGAAGUUAAUAACCUACUUACAUAUUCUAAACAAACAGUCUUUUAACUUGUGUGAGUUAUCAAGAAAACUGUAUUUUCCAAAAAAAAAUUAUGAGUUAGUAAUUCAUUCUUAUCUACCUAAGGCAUGAACUCCCCAGUGAUACUUUUUGUCAGAUUUUUGGAUAGUGUGUGUUAUCUUCGUAAUCACUUUGUAAUUUGUGUUUUUCCUCAGAAUCGUCCAUGGCAAUAGCAAUGGCUGUGAGUAUGUUAUGUUGUUGUGGAUGGUUUACUUAAAUUUAGGAGAAUUUCCUUUAAACCCAAUUGAGCAAUUGUGAAUGAAUCAGUGAUUUCCACAGUAUUUCACUUUUGGCCAACAAAAAAUUCCCAUCCCAUCCUUGGUACAGCCACUUUUUUUUUACUUGUCUGGUUCCAUAAAAUAAUUAGUUAAAAUGUUCUUUUUUGUUUCAAGUCCUACCAUGUAAAGUUUCUUCUCUGAAUAUGAGUUACUAUUUACCUCUCUUUGAAAAGAAAAUUAUUGCCUGCAAAUUCAUUUCUGGUCAUGAAAAACUUUUUUCUUUUUUUUGGGAGGGCUUGUGUUUCUUGUUUUAGUACUGAACAGUUAGUUGUGAUGCAUUUUGUGUUCUAAAUUGUGAUUAAAGUAAAGUAAACUUCAUCCUUAAUUAAAGUGGAAAUCUCAAUUUUAAUUAUCCACAUGAUUGUUCAGAAAGUGAGCAUGUAUUUGAAAGAGAUCAUAUCUGUUUUUCAGCUGAAUGGUGGAAUUGGGAUAAUCCAUCACAAUUGUUCUACAGAAUUUCAAGCUAACGAAGUCAGGAAAGUAAAGAAGUUUGAGCAGGGUUUUAUUCUGGAUCCAUUAGUUCUCAGUCCAGAAAACUGUGUUGGUGAUGUCCUGGCAGCAAAGUCAAAACAUGGCUUUUCUGGGAUACCCAUAACAGGUGAUUCAGUCCCCAGUCUUGUUAAAGCAUCUAAAGAUAGUUUUUCAACAAGUGACUUCAUAGUUAAUUUGUCAUCGUAAGAAGGACAUCUGCAUUUUGUGUUUUUCUUGAGGAGUUGCUUACAUUAUAUUGUCUAAUACUACCUAGACUAAGGAAUUUUGCUAUCAAGAAAGUGGGCAGUGACACUGAAGCAAUUACGGUCUACUUAAUAAAUACAGUCAUGUGACUGAUAUGUAAUGUCAAAUAUUAGUUAACUGCUUGGGUUCAGCCUCUUUGGGUACAAUGUUCUUCUAUAGUGUACUGCAUAUUGCACAUGUUUUUAAAGUUCUUUCAUUUAAGUAGCCUUUAAGAGCUGAUACAAUUUAGUUGAAUCUGAUUGAAAUCAUUCCUAGGAGUGAUUCAAAAGGAAUUUCCUCUGAUUGAAGAUCUGAAUAUAAAUUCUCUUCACUGCUUACUAAACAAUUCCUAGAACCUUAGCUUUUAGAAUUUGGAUUUAAACUAAACAAUGACUCCUCUCCCCACAUCCCUUUUUUUUGUACCCUCCUCAUUACCUUUCUGCUUGAAAGCAUUUCAAUGUUGAAAGGAGAAAUUAAUUUUUGUCACUGCUGGGAGUGAAGAGUUACAUCCCUUAGAUCCAAGACAAGAAGUUGUACAAUGAAGUGUUUUUGUGAUUGAAAGCAUGAUUUGAAUACAUUUCUUUUAGAACAAGGUCUUUGCAAUGUUAUAGUAAAUUUAUUGUUCAGAGUGAUUGAUUUUCUUAUUAUCAUCCAUUAUAGAAAAUGGUCAGAUGGGUGGGGUUUUGGUUGGCAUUGUUACCUCCAGAGACAUUGAUUUUGCUCAUGAACCUGACAUGUCAAGACCCAUCAAGGAGGUGAGUCUAAUGUAAAGUUUAUGAAGAACCUUGCAUCAGCAACAGGAGUGGAAAUAGCAAUGGUGACUGCAUCAAUAACAGCUUGAGUUGUCUCAAAAUUGCAAUUGACAGCAAUUUCAGUUAAAAUUGUUACUUAUUCAGUGCAUUUUUUUUUCUGGACUGUUAAUUACAUGUAGAACCAUUAAAUACUAGAACCAUUGUUUUAAAAUAUGAAUUCUCGAUCUCAGAAUAUAAGAUAAUUUGGAAGCUAUGUAGAAGUUUUCAGAUAGGAUCAAUUAAACAAAUAGAUUCAAUUGUGCAGCAGAUGUACAUUUGUUAAGUAUUGGAUGACAGGAGAUGUCAAAAUGUGGUAAGUGACACACAAGGCACAGCUGAGUGUGUCACCAAUGUCACUAAUGUGAUCUAAGCAAUUCUCCAAUAGAUCUAAGUAAGAGCCGAUCAAAAUGCAAACAUUUCAUUUCUGAAUUUGAAGGUGAUGACUCCUCGUGAAGAGCUGGUUGUAGCUAAAGAUGGUGUGACGCUUCAAGAAGCCAAUGGCAUUUUACAAAGGAGCAAGAAAGGUUAGCCUUUUUUUUGUUAUCUUUGUUCUAAUUUAUAUAUUCUGGUUAUUGUAAUUUUUAUGUCAGUCUCUUCCAACUUCCCAUUUCAAAUUACUUAAUUACCCUCACAUAUGCUACAAAUUAAGAUACACGUGUUCAUCACUUGUGUUCCAGGAAAGCUUCCUAUUGUUAAUGAAAAGGGACAGUUAGUCUCAUUGAUUGCCAGGACAGAUCUCAAGAAGAACAGGAAUUUUCCUCUUGCUUCUAAAGAUGCUAACAAACAGCUGUUAGGUAUGCAAGGUACUACAUUUUUAUGCAUGAAAAAACUGUGCCAUCUGGGUUGGGUUUAAUCCUUUCACUCUCAGAAUCGAUUAACAUGUAACUUCUACCUGAAAUAUCCAUACAUUAUCCAUCAAAUGAAAAUCCUCCUAACUACCAGGUAGAAGUUGUGAUGAAUCUUGAUCCAACACCAACUUCUUGUGACAAAUUUGCAGGAAAAUGUAUAGCAGAAAGAUUGGAGAACUAAAAGUCAGAUCUUGGGAAUUCAAGGGUUAAUCUUGUUUUUAUAUUCUUGUUCAGAAAUUUGUGGCCUGUAUGUUGUGUGUCAGAACUUCAGAGUCAUUUAAUGUUUUUUCUUAAAUAGUUGGUGCAGCCAUUGGUACUCGAGAUGAAGACAAGGAGAGGCUAGAAGCCUUGGUUCAAAGUGGGUUGGAUGUGGUUGUUAUUGAUUCCUCUCAAGGAAAUUCUAUCUUCCAGCUGAAUAUGAUCAGGUGAAGAUAUUCACUGCUACAUAAUUAGGGCAUACAUACAUGUAUACUGAAGGAAAAACAUUCUGUCUGUACUGUUUUGCAAAACAGCCCUCAUCAUUUCAUUCUGUGGGGAAUUUUCUAUUUGUAAUGCAUACUUCCACUGGUGUCAGUUUUCAGAUGGUGAGAUGUAAUUGUGAGAUAACACAGUGUGUCAGAUUCUGCUUUCUUUCCUUUUUAAAUGAAGUAGUGUUCAUACUGUAUGCCACAUCUGUUCAGUGAUCUCAAGAUAUUCAAUCUGUCUUUGGAUUGGCUAUUAGUUGUCAGAAUCAGUACACUCCAGCCAGCAGGUGAUGGAAAAAUCAGUUGGUUAAAUGAACACUCAAUAAUUUCUAGUUUCACUUUUUAGAACUGUUAUGUCAUUUAUUUCAUUUCCAAAUUGUGCCACUUUGAUUUAUGAUAAUCCAUUCAGAUUCUACACAGGAAUAUUUAGAACUUUCUCUAGUUAAACAUUUUUAUAAAAUUAAUAUAACUUUUUCACUUGAUUGGUUUUUGGAGACUGUAAAAGUGAUGGUGAUAAUGACAACAAGAGCAAUUAAUAUUGUGGUGAGAGGCAAUUGUACUAGAUAAUUAUUAUAUAAUUAUUGAAUUGGAUGAUUCAAAGACCUUGAUGAAUUGGAAUAUCACAAAACCUCAUACGGUAAUUGCUUGUUAUUAUGACAAAAUGCAAGAGGCUAAAAAAGAGAUAAUUAUAAUUAAAAAUAUUAUAUAUAAUGAUCUCAACUAGAUUGUCAAAGACAAGCCACAACAAUAUUUCUUUAAAAGUAGUUUACAAUUCAGAUCUGUUAUUUUUUUAAAGUUUUUACAAAAUUGCUGGUUUGUCGGAUGCAAAGUGACAAAGCAUAGUAGAAGAGUUUGAAAAUUAUACCUUUUAACUGAAACUAGCCUCAAAAUUAAAUUUGAUGUAAAUGGGGUCUGUUUGACUGGAAAACAUCAUAUCUUCAGGUAGUGCAGUGUUCUCCUUUUCAGGAAGUAGCCAAAAAAAUUUUCCAUUUCUAUUACCUCUUACUACUGCCUAAAAUCACUUGCAGUUCUUGAAAAUUCAACUGGUUAAGGAAUUGCUUUACCAGUUUGAAAAUUUAUUUUAUCGGUCUCACUUAAGAUAAGGGAGAAGACUGUAGUGUGAAAUACCUUUAAUCAUAUUUCAUUUUUCCUUUAUCAGAUAUAUAAAGGAAAAGUAUGCAGAUCUCCAAGUAGUUGGUGGUAAUGUUGUGACAGCAGCCCAAGCAAAAAACCUGAUUGAUGCUGGAGUUGAUGGACUUAGGGUUGGUAUGGGAAGUGGCUCUAUCUGUAUUACACAGGAAGUCAUGGCAGUCGGCAGACCACAGGGAACUGCAGUGUUUAAAGUGGCAGAGUACGCCCGCCGGUUUGGAGUCCCUGUGAUUGCAGAUGGUGGUAUCCGAGAUGUGGGGCACAUUUCAAAGGCUCUUAGUUUGGGAGCUUCAACAGGUUGGAUGACAUGAGUUUUUUUUCUGUUAUAUCCCCCACACAUACUUUUUGUGCCAAGGACCUUUUUUUUAAAUUAGUAUCCUUUCUCAUAAGGCAGGUAUAUCUUUUUUGGUAUUAAAUACAGUAUCACUCAAAUGUAGUGGUAAGUUGACAUUCUUGAUCUAAAAGUUGAAAUUAAGCUAGAAAAAAAAACAUGACUCAGGCUCACAAACUUAGGUCAAAUAGAAAAGAAUCCUCAUAAAUAAUGAAAAUCUUUGCUGAAGAUGGCUUUAAGAUAAUUAUGCUGUAAGGGCAUUAUCAAGUUCCUAAGAAGAUGUAAUGACUUGUAGUCACUUAAUAAUAGAGCCAUUGUGUGAUGGGUUAGCAAUAGAAAACACAGUGUUAAACAAACAGAACCGCAUGGAUCUCACUCUGCUACUCUAAGAAAUCAAUUGUUCUGCUAUCAAAGAAUGCAAAGUACAUGUUAUGUCCAUAGUAGUACUUUCCAAGGAUAAUUUGCACUCUCUCUGUGGAAUUUAAAACAUACAUUGUCAACAAGGUGUUCUGUAUCUCCAGAUGUGCAGUGAGAUAUUUUGUCAAUUUGGUUUAUAGUUAUGAUGGGAUCAUUAUUAGCUGGAACUACUGAAGCCCCAGGAGAAUACUUCUUUGCUGAUGGUGUUCGGCUUAAAAAGUACAGAGGUGAGAGUCAGUGUUGUCUUUAGUGUACUGGACUGACAGCUCAAGGGCAUAGUUGUGUUCCAAAUUUACAAGUAAUUGAAAAAACAAAAUGCGCCAGAAAAAGUGUGAAGUGACAAAAUAAAUGUCUUUGUUUUUUCAAAACUGACAAUAACUACAUUUUUGUCUUGAUGUCUUGAAACUCAGUGCACACAAUGUUAUGGAGUACAAAUGUGAAAAAAUGGAAAAAAAAAGCAAAUACAUAUGUGGCAUAAAUUCUAAAGAAUAAAAAAUUAUGUAAGAGGCUCCCAAGAUGACUUCAGGACCACAGUGAUUAAGACCAAUUGAAUAGUGUGUUGGGGUGGGGUGGGGGAGAUGGGGAAAGACAGAAUUUGAUUGAAGGACUCCUGGGCAAAUGUAACAGGUAAGUAAAAACAGGUCAAAGUUGAGGCACACAGUUGGAUUGUUGUGCCCAGUUCUUAAGAGCUUUCAUAAAAGAAAACUUGUAAAUGUCAUUUGAAGGCAAAACUAGGUCAGUUUACCUUGUAAUCUCAGCCUUGCUACAAUGCAGCCCUCUUUUAGGUCAAUUCUUUCAUUGGCGUAAUAUUCUUUGGAAACCAGAAGAACCCAAUAGUUUGGAGACCAUUUCAGAAAUAGAGUUCACCUUAAUUAAUACUUUCAGUGGUGUUUUUUCAUCAGGAAUGGGUUCAUUAAGUGCCAUGGAGAAUCAGGGUGGAGCACAAAGAUAUUUCAGGUAAUGUUACUGCAGUUACAUAGCAACUUUGGGGCCAGAGGGAAGCUACAGAUUAUACAAGGUGUUUCUAGACUGCUUUAAUAACAUACUCUGUUUAUUUAAAGCUGAUGCAUUGAGUGGGUAAAUUAAAGUGAAUUCUUUGUUUUGAUUGGCUAAAUAACACACAACAACCUGUUUUGAUUCUGAUAAUUAAAAAGAGUGCUCUUGUUGACAUACUUUGCAACUUCUUGGCAACAACAGAGUCACUCAUGUUUCUUAAGAUCCUUAAUUCUUUUUAAAGAUUAUUGGCCCUUGGUGGUGUUCUCUCAGGUGUUUGCCAACUGGGAGUAUUUGUAGUUUGCUGUUUUGCCAUUAAAAUACAGAUACAAGGAAAUUCAGGAAUACCAGUUGUGAAAAGAUCAGCAAUGCUUAAUCAUCAACUAAUAUUGAUUUGAUAAUUGUUUUUAGUGAGCAUGACAAGGUAAAAGUUGCUCAAGGAGUGUCUGGCUCUGUAGCAGACAAAGGAUCUAUUCACAGAUUUGCUCCAUAUCUUUAUACUGGGAUUCAACACAGCUGCCAGGACUUGGGAGCAAAGAGUCUUACUCAACUCAGGUUGGUUUCAGUGAAAAAAUGCACAAUACUGUAAAUUUAUACAUCCCACAUAGAGUGUGGAAUUCCUUAAAAAUCGUAUGAAUUCUUGACCAAGUAAAAGAGAAGAAAAUAGCAAUUUUACUUUGCCACAAAUAAUUUCAAGUAGAGUAAAUAUGUAGAUUUAGCCAAGCCUAAAAGUGGAGCUUGCAUUUUUUUUCCUGCAUGUCUCGUCCACAAAACUAAAGCCCCUACUAUGGAUAACAUGUGUAUAUUAAUGGCUUUUCAUUCACAACUUCUCUGUGUCUGUGUAGAGAACUGAUUCUAUUAUAGAUGCUAUAGGGUUAAAUUUUUAAGUCAAUAGGCAAUUUUUGGGGGUCUCCAUAAAAAAGCUUGUAGCGAGAGGUUAAAAAUUUUCAAAAACAGGAAAGAAAAUUGUGUAAACUGUUGAAAAGUUUUCCCAACAUUAAUUUAUGCAACAAGAAAAUGUAAAUCAAUCUCGAACCCAGAGUCUCCUCAGCUAUGUACAAGUGUUGCGCACAUGUUAUGCUCAAACAUCUGCUGAACAAGAGUAAAUCUAUGGCGUUGAUGUGCCCGCGGUACAGUUGGCUGUGUAUGCUAAAAGUAGCACCUUGUACAUAUGGUCGCACGGUCGUAAGUCCAAAUUUUUUUGGCUUGAUGGGUUACUAACUAUUUCGUAUAAUUAUGGGGCUAUUCUGCACGCUGUGAGUUCCACUACAAGCUUAUCGGCUACAUGCAUGCAAAUGUGCUCCCCUUUUGGGGACAGGCCUCAGAAGAAAUUCCAGAUUGUCUGACCAAGAUAGCAUUAAACAGUAACAAAAUUAGUAGUUGGGUGAGAAUGGAGUUUGAAGUUGCUUCAUGAGAUGUUUUUUUCCUAUCUGAUAUCAGGUAGAUGGAAGCCAUUUAAAUCAUGGUACAUAUGAGUAGAUUACUAUGCUAUUAGAGGGUUUACUUUUGGCCUUUUUAUGGUAAUAUCACCUUUAGAUUCUGUCUCCAGUUCAGUUUGGUUAUUUUUCAAACUGUAUGUUCUUUCUUAUUUGGUGUAGAGCCAUGAUGUACUCUGGUGAGCUCAAAUUUGAAAAGAGGUCAACAUCAGCCCAGAUAGAAGGAGGAGUUCAUGGACUUCAUUCGUAA